AUGGCUGAGAAAUACGACGAGGAGAAGUCCGCGGUUGGCGGUACCGGAUAUUCGAAUGGCGACAGUCCUCAUUUCGCGGAUACACAUGAGACGAAAGAGCCAUGGACUCGAAGAUUCGUCGACAGUUUCAAGCGCGAUCCGAAUGCGAUUGUAUCAAAACCAAAUGAGGCUAUCGAUCCACACACUGGCGCACCGGUUGGAGGACAUGGCGGUUUUGAUCACGCAGCGGCAGCAGAGCGCACAGCUAACAGCGGUCUUGCGAAGAAAUUAAAAGGGAGACAUAUGCAGAUGAUUGCGAUUGGAGGUUCUAUUGGUACUGGUCUUUUUGUCACUUCAGGCGCUGCUCUUGCUGGAGGUGGUCCAGCUUCGUUAAUUAUCGCAUACGGAAUUAUCGGUAUUCUCAUGUUCUGUACCGUCCAGGCUCUUGGUGAGCUUGCUGUCGCAUUCCCUGUCGCCGGUUCUUUCUCUGCCUACUCGACCCGUUUUCUCGACCCAGCAUGGGGUUUUGCUAUGGGAUGGAAUUAUGCUAUUCAAUGGCUCGUAGUUCUACCUCUUGAAAUCGUCGCCGCAUCGAUCACUUUAGACUUCUGGCCUGGCGCACAAGACACAAACUCCGCAGCCUGGGUAACAAUAUUCUUGAUUGUCAUUGUCUCUAUCAACUUCUUUGGUGUUCGCGGAUACGGUGAGGCCGAAUUCGUCUUUGCCAUUAUCAAGGUUGUUGCGGUCAUUGGUUUCAUUAUCCUCGGUAUUAUUCUGAACUGCGGUGGUGGUCCCAACGGCGGUUACAUUGGAGCAAGAUACUGGUACCCCAACACCGUUGCUCCAGAUUAUGCUGGAUACACUGUCGGUGGUCAGGCUCCUGGUUCCAUCGCGUCCGGCUCGUUCCACAACGGCUUCAAGGGCCUUUGUGGUGUCUUUGUCACCGCCGCCUUCUCCUUUGCCGGGACUGAGUUGGUCGGUCUAGCAGCCGCUGAAGCAGAUAACCCAAGGAAAUCUCUUCCUACAGCUAUAAAACAAGUGUUCUGGAGGAUCUGUCUAUUUUAUAUGGUCAGUCUCACGAUCGUCAGCGUUUUGAUUCCAUACGGUGAUGGUCGUCUUCUUGGUGCCAGUUCCACUGAUGCCAAGGCCUCUCCAUUCGUUAUCGCCAUCAACAACGCUGGAAUCUCCGGACUACCUUCAGUCUUCAACGUGGUAAUUCUCAUUGCCGUCCUAUCAGUCGGAAACUCCUCCAUCUACGGAUCUUCCCGUACUCUCGCAGCACUCGCAGAAAUGAAUCAAGCACCAAAGAUCUUCGGCUACAUCGAUCGACAGGGCCGUCCCCUCGUAGCCAUCAUCUUCGCCUCCGUCCUCGGUCUCCUCUGCUACGUCGUAGCCGGUGGCCCAGACACCGCCGCCACAGCUCUCAACUGGCUCUACUCCCUCUCGGGUCUCUCCUCCAUCUUCACCUGGGCCUCCAUCUGCCUCGCCCACAUCCGCUUCCGCGCCGGCUGGAAAGCCCAAGGCCACUCCCUCAACGAACUCGCCUUCCGCUCCCAAGUCGGCGUCAUCGGCUCCUGGAUCGGCUUCAUCCUCAACUGUCUCGUUCUCGUCGCUCAAUUCUGGACUGCCGCCUGGCCAGUCGGCUACGGCGAACUUUCCGCAAGUGACAUCGCGCAGGAUUUCUUCCUCGCGUAUCUCGCUGCUCCGGUCGUUAUUGCGUUUUACGUCCCGUAUAAGCUCUGGUAUAAAACGCCGUUUAUGAAGACGAGUAUGAUGGAUGUGGAUACCGGACGCAGGGAUCUGGAUCUGGCGGCUAUUAUUGAGGCGGACCGGGUGGAGAAGGCGCAGAUGCCAAAGUGGAAGAGGAUUUAUAAGAUCUUUUGCUAG